GGAAUUAUGGAUCAGUUGUAGAGGAUAUCUUGACUGGAUUUAAGAUGCACUGCCAUGGUUGGUGGUCUAUUUACUGCAUCUCGAAGCGGCUUGCAUUCAAAGGACUAUAUUGUACAGGACCUUGAAGGAGCUGACCAUGUGACAGACCUUGAUCAUAACCAUGUUGCAGAGUUGAAGAUAUUAGGACUAUAUUAAACAUUGCUGCAUAUAGCAUCAGGAUAUGAUGACAUCAGACUUAGAAGUCAAACAACAUCAAACUUAUCAUCAGAAGUUAUAUCCGUGAUCCGAGCGACGAGCGAGACUAGAAGAUACGCCUCUUCGACAGGUGAGCGCAGUGCUGUGAGAUGCAGUUCGUUGCGAUGAAGCGGAGAGAUCUGUUGGAGCUCUGCCGGCAGCACGGCUUCGCCACCCGCGGCUCCAAAUUUGUCCUCACAGGCGCGCUCUUGGCCCAACGUGGUCCAGGAGGUGUUCCUCUAGAUGGCAAAGGACCAUCUUUUCCUAGCCGCUGUUAUAACUAUGGAAUGGAUGGGCACUGGGUUCGUGAUUGCAAAUCUGGUGACUGGCGAGAUAGGUGCUUUCGGUGUGGAGAACUGGGCCAUAUAGAAAGAAACUGCAAGAACAGUUCUAAGGAUCUGAAGCGUGGGAGGAGCUACUUGAGGUCUGCAUCUCCUCACCAUGGGAAGGUUCGAAGGAGAAGCUACUCAAGGUCUCUAUCUCCUUACCUUGGAAGGGGCCGAGGGAGAAGCUACUCAAGGUCUCCAUCUCAUUAUCAUCGGAGGGGCAGAAGCUGGAGUUACAGUUGGUCGCAGUCGCCAAGGAACAACUCUAAGGCUUAUGGUGAAGAAUUGCCAUCAAUUAGAUCUGGUUACAGCCGCGGUCCCAGGAGGAGCUCCCCACCGAUGGAGCGAGCUGAAUGCAAUGGUGGUAGCCCCAUGAGAGGUGAAGCUCGGGGGAAGUGACAGCGACCUGUAAAAUCACUCUGGGAUUGUGAAGUGUCAAACAUUUGUUCUAAACUUUUUGGUGACUAUGUGCUGAGACAUGAACUUCGACACCAGAAGAAUGUUUAGCGGUGGGUUGUAAAUUCUCAGUAAAGCUCUCCUGAAUGUUGUUGGUUAUAUGCCGAGGCAUGUGACCUGAUGCCUGAAGAGUUUAGCGGAUUGGUGUUUGUGUAGAAUAUUGCCUCUGCUUACAAUAAGAGUCAACUAUGAAUUUAAGUUGAA